GGCGGGACGAGGAAAGGCUGGGCUGCGGUUCGGGGCCCCGCUCGGACCGGGGCCCGACGGCGCCGAGGGAGCGCGCGCCCCGCAGUCCCGCGCUGCGCCCGCCGGGUAUGGGGCGCGCCGCCGCCUGAGGUCGGGCCUGGCGGGCGCCCGCAGGGGGUUGCGGCCGAGAAGCCGAGUGCUCCCCGCACCGGAGGGGACCUAGGGCGCGCGUGGAGAGGACCGAGACGGACUAGAGAAAGGCCCGGAGGAGUCCGGAGAUGUCCCGUGUGCGCCGCCUCCUGCUGGGCUACCUGUUCCCAGCCCUCCUGUUGCAUGGGCUGGGAGAGGGUUCUGCCCUCCUUCAUCCAGACAGCAGAUCACAUCCUCGGUCCUUAGAGAAAAGUGCCUGGAGGGCUUUCAAGGAGUCACAGUGCCAUCAUAUGCUCAAGCAUCUCCACAAUGGUGCCCGCAUCACUGUGCAGAUGCCCCCAACCAUCGAGGGCCACUGGGUGUCCACAGGCUGUGAAGUAAGGUCGGGGCCAGAGUUCAUCACAAGGUCUUACAGAUUCUACAACAAUAAUACCUUCAAGGCCUACCAGUUUUACUAUGGCAGCAACCGCUGUACAAACCCCACCUAUACUCUCAUCAUCCGAGGCAAGAUCCGCCUGCGCCAGGCGUCCUGGAUCAUUCGUGGGGGCACCGAGGCCGACUACCAGCUUCACGGCGUCCAAGUCAUCUGCCACACAGAGGCAGUUGCUGAACAGCUCAGCCGACUGGUCAACCGAACUUGCCCAGGCUUCCUGGCUCCCGGUGGUCCCUGGGUGCAGGACGUGGCCUAUGACCUGUGGCAGGAGGAGAAUAGCCACGAGUGCACCAAGGCUGUGAACUUUGCCAUGCACGAGCUGCAGCUCAUCCGUGUGGAGAAGCAAUAUCCCCACCACAGCCUGGACCACCUGGUGGAGGAGCUCUUCCUUGGUGAUAUCCACACUGACGCUAGCCAGAGGGUGUUCUACCGGCCAUCUAGUUACCAGCCUCCCCUGCAGAAUGCCAAGAACCACAACCAUGCGUGCAUAGCCUGCCGGAUCAUUUACCGCUCCGAUGAACACCACCCUCCCAUCCUGCCCCCUAAAGCUGACCUGACCAUUGGCCUCCAUGGAGAAUGGGUGAGCCAGCGCUGUGAGGUGCGCCCCGAAGUCCUCUUCCUCACCCGCCACUUUAUCUUCCAUGACAACAAUAACACCUGGGAAGGCCAUUACUACCACUACUCAGAUCCUGUCUGCAAGCAUCCCACAUUCACCAUCUAUGCUCGAGGCCGCUACAGCCGAGGCGUGCUCUCAUCCAGGGUCAUGGGCGGCACAGAGUUUGUGUUCAAAGUGAAUCACAUGAAGGUCACUCCCAUGGAUGCAGCCACAGCCUCCCUCCUCAAUGUCUUCAGUGGGAAUGAGUGUGGGGCUGAGGGCUCCUGGCAAGUGGGUGUCCAACAGGACGUCACACACACCAACGGCUGCGUAGCUCUGGGCAUCAAACUACCUCACACAGAAUAUGAGAUCUUCAAAAUGGAGCAAGACACCCGGGGCCGCUACCUGCUGUUCAAUGGCCAGAGGCCCAGCGAUGGCUCCAGCCCAGACAGACCUGAGAAGAGGGCGACAUCCUACCAGAUGCCCUUGGUCCAGUGUGCAUCUUCUUCACCAAGAGCUGAAGACUUGUUGGAAGAGAGUCGAGCCCAUCUGUAUGGCAGGGCGGCUGGGAGGACAGCUGGGCCCCUGUUACUUCCUGCCUUUGUCUGCCUUUGGACUCUACCACAUUGGCACAUCCUCAGAUAAAAGACAUUUCCCAAUCCGAGACUCUACCAUUUGUGACUUUUCUUCGCAAGGAGAAAGGACGUUGACUCUUUUGAUGCACUUGAAUGCCUGAGAUCUGCCAUUGCCUCUCCCCUCUCCCCUCUUCCAGCCUGUGAGUCAUGAGCAGUGUGUCUGAAGUUUCAGCUUUGAAUUUCUUCCAGCCCAAUCCCUGGCCUGAGAACUUCAUAGCGGUGAUUGCACUUUAAGUCUGCAGAGAGUUGGAGCUAGUGUGCUUAGCCGUGGCAGCAAGGGCGGCAGCUGUGUUCCUAUCUCUGUCCUCCCACUCUAUCUGUGUUUCUGAGCUGAGCUUAAUGACACGAAUGACAACCUGCAGCUUUUCCUCUGCCAUCGCAUCUCUUUAUUUCUCAGAAACCCUUCCAUACUCCAGGUUUUCUACACUGGAACCCAGUGCAGAGUUGGCUUGAGACUGCCAGCAAGAUCCUGUGUGUUAAUGCAGAAAAGGUGCGGGUGUUGAUGUGUGCAUAGAAGAUGCAGGGUUCCGUUCAAUCAUUCUUCCAGCCUUAAUGCCAGUCAACACUUUGAGAAAUUUUGAGUAGAGAGGCGUCUGUGGAGCUUCGAAGUCAUUUAAGCUGUGUUAACUAGCACUGGUUUUCACUUGUUGAGAACAGGCGUGUGCUACACACUUGGUUUGGUGGCUUCAGAGGAGACUGGUCCAGUUGGGAAAUUUACAGCAGCCUGCUCGUGCAGGAAGUCAGGAGCAGCAGUAGUACAGAGGCUAGCUACAGUGUACUAGGUGCCACGUGAGUGAUUAGGCAAUCUGUGGCCGUCCUCUCUGAGGGAGGCCCCUGUGUCCCGGCUCACACUCUGGUUGGGGUGUGCAGAAGAAGCCCACCUCCAAGCCUGGCACGUUCUGACACGCAGAGCCAGAGCUUCCGUGCUCCAUGAGCUUACUGAUGAAAGCCACCUCUGCGUGCUCCAUGGAGGCUUUAUGAGAAGUCAUCCUGUUUUAGGGGUUACAGGCUUGACUCCGCUUCCUUUCUGCCCCAGCUGUGAGUUCUAGAGCCAUCCCAUUCAGGGUUAGCUGCUUCUCGGUCAUUAGAAAAGAGGAAGGGAUGGCUGCCUUUGUGUCACUGCAGCUGGUGCUAGAAACACCAAGUGCUGUUGCUCAGAGACCCAUGCAGGCAGGUGAUGAGAAACAGGGAACCCAGAUGUGUCUGCAAGCAGACAUGGAGGCCACAGUCCAGGAGAGGAGUCAGUCGUGUGUUUAAGAAUUGGCUUUAUGGAGCAGCAGCGUCCAGUGUGGUGUUAAAUUAUAACGAUGGCAUGGAGUACCAGAGUGCUUUAUAUUCAGAUUAUAUUUUAAGUCAUGGUGCAUACUUGAGGGGGUUUAUUCAAAACAAAAAUACUAACUUAAUGUCUACUAAGUUUAAUAAACGGAGAAUUUGGAAGUAAUCCCAUGAGCUAAGUCUUAU